AUGAUGAGUCCUGGGGCCCUUCAUUUAAUAGGAGAGCCGAGCAGUAGAGAAACUUCGUUCUCACUUCUCAGCAGAGGCUGAAGGAGUUACUGCUCCGCCGCACGCACUGGCCGACGCGCAGCCUGGCACCAUGCACGGGGCUUGCCGCCACCUCGUCAUCCUGCUCCUGGCCGAAGCGGUCCUGUGUGCUGCUGCCUUGCGGUUUCAAGAUGUGCUGAGCAAUGGAAGAACUUCUCCUGUCACAUACCACAAGAAGAUACAAGGCUGGUCUAGUGAUCAAAACAACUGGAAUGAAAAACUUUAUCCUUUCUGGGAAGAAAAUGACCCCAGGUGGAAGGACUGCUGGAAAGGAGGAAAGGUGGCAGUCAAACUGGUGAGUGACAGCCCAGCACUGGCGGGAUCCAACGUGACAUUCGUUGUGACCCUCCAGUUUCCCAAGUGCCAGAAAGAAGAUAACGAUGGCAACAUAAUAUACCAGAGAAACUGUACCCCAGAUUCUCCAGCUGCCCAGGAUCAGUAUGUUUACAACUGGACUGAAUGGAUCGACAACUGCAGCUGGGAAAACUGUACAAGCAACCACAGCCAUAAUAUAUUCCCAGAUGGAAGACCUUUCCCUCAUCAUCCUGGCUGGAGAAGAAAGAACUUUGUCUAUUUGUUUCAUACAUUUGGUCAGUACUACGAAACAAUUGGACGAUCUUCAGCAAUUUUUUCAGUCAACACCGCAAAUAUCACUCUCGGCAAACACACAAUGGCCGUAUCCAUUUACAGGAGAGGGCAGCACUCAUCAUACGUUCCAAUAGCAAGAGCAAGUACCACUUACGUUGUAACAGACAAAAUUCCAAUAUUUGUGAGCAUGUCCCAAAAACAUGACCGCAACAUCUCAGACUCCAUUUUUAUCAAAGACUCACCAAUCACAUUUGAUGUGAAAAUCCAUGAUCCCAGCUACUACCUUAAUAAUUCUGCCAUCUCCUACAAGUGGAACUUUGGAGAUGGAAGCGGCUUAUUUGUAGAAAGCAGUGCCACUACAUCUCACACCUUUGCUCUGCAAGGAAACUUCACUCUGAAUUUAACUGUUCAAGCUAUUAUACCUGUGCCUUGCAAGCCAGUAACACCCACUCCAUCACUGCCCACCCCAACAGUAAUGACUGAAGCAUUUUCUAAUUCAGGCUCUUCUGCCACCACUGAGACAACGGAAGACAAUCCUGAUGGAGGUUGCCAUAUUUACAGAUAUGGAUACUACACAGCUGGUAUCACCAUUGUAGAGGGAAUCCUUGAGGUAAAUAUUAUUCAGAUGACAAGCAUCCAGAUGACAGAAAGUCAAGCUGAAAAUCCACUGGUUGACUUUGUUGUUACCUGCCAAGGGAGUCUCCCUACAGAUGUCUGUACAGCAGUUUCUGACCCCACGUGCCAGGUGUCUCAGGGCAUGGUAUGUGACCCCAUCAUCGUCACUGAUGAGUGCUUACUCACCAUAAGGAGAGCUUUUGAUGAACCUGGAACGUACUGUAUAAACAUCACCUUGGGGGAUGACACAAGUCAAGCCCUUGCCAGCGCACUUAUUUCUGUAAAUGGAGGAUCAUCCUCAGCGACAACAAAAGGUGUCUUCAUCUUCCUUGGUUUGUUGGCAGUGUUUGGCACCAUUGGGGCUUUUGUCCUUUACAAGAGAUACAAACAAUACAAACCUAUUGAGAGAAGCGCAGGACAAGCAGAGAACCAGGAGAGACUGAGUGGUUAUGUCAGCAAUUUCAGAGCCUUUUUCUUCCCUAAGAGCACCGAGAGAAAUCCUCUGUUGAAAAGCAAACCAGCCAUUGUUUAAACCUUUAGCGUAACAUUGACUUAGAUUAUGUAUAAGACUAUACCGUGAUGCUUUUUUGUUCUUGUUAUAAAAACAAAGGAGUAAGGUAAAAACACAUCUAGAUUGGUUGGUAGCUCUGGGGGGCUGGGUGCAAUUACAAAUACUAAAAUAGUCCUUCUUAGAAAACAAAGAUAGUUAUGAGCACUUGCUGUUCUUACUUGUGAUCUAGGAUACUUUUCUAAAUAACUAACCCCCGUGCCUUGUGUUUUCUUACUUUUGGGUUAACUAGAUGCAAAAUUAAUCAAAUCCAUAACCUGCAGGGGAAAAAAUACUACUUAAACAAGCAAAAACCAAAAACAUGUAAAUACUUAAGUCUUAAAUAGACAGUUUAGUAUAGCUGCUUACCACCUUA